AUGACCUCUGAACAGCCAUCACAAGCGCUACCCAGCGAACCUGAAGCCCCGAGUGAAGUUCCAGAAGACUGUGAAGACUGCGAAGACCGUCAGUACAGUGAAGAUGAUUCCAAAAUCAAGCGUCCCAAGUCCCUCCCCAGGGAGGUCCUCUUUGUCGCCAUCAUCUGUUCCUCGCAGCUUCUCACUCAAGCCGGCCUUGCCCUCAGCAUCGUCCCUCAACACAUCAUCGGACGCUCCUUUGGCAUCGACAACCAACCUGGUAAGCUGAGCUGGUUCUCCUCUGGAUACUCUCUCACUGUCGGCACCUUCAUCCUCAUCGCAGGCCGCUUCGGUGAUGUCUUUGGGCACAAGCCGUUCUUCGUAGGCGGCUAUGUCUGGUUUGCCUUGUGGUCUUGUCUCGCCGGUGUUGCUGCGUAUAGCGGGCCCAGCUUCUUCAUCUUUUGCCGUACCAUGCAGGGAAUCGGCCCGGCUUUCCUACUCCCCAACGCCAUCGCUAUUGUCAGUCGCUGCUACGACCCGGGCCUUCGUCAAAACAUGAUUUUCUGCCUGUUCGGGGCCACUGCUCCUGGCGGCUUUUUGCUUGGUGCCGUCUUCUCCAGCCUGCUCUCGCAGAGACUCUGUGUCUGGAAGCGCAUCGAUGUCGGGGGCUCCGUCACCGGUGUAGCCGCCCUCGUCCUUUUCAACUUUGCCUGGAACCAAGGCCCCGUGGUCGGCUGGACGACACCAUAUACCUACUCCAUCAUGAUCAUCGGCAUCCUCGUCUUUAUUGUCUUCGUCCUGAUCGAGAAGAGAGUAAGCCACCCGCUGAUUCCCUUCGGUGUCCUGCGCUUCGAUUCCCUCUUCACACUAGCCUGCGUCAGCGCCGGCUGGUCCAGCUUUGGCAUUUUCGUCUUCUACACGCUGAACCUCCUCGAGGUCCUCAGGGAGCAAACGCCCCUUCUCACAUCUGCACAAAUGACCCCCAUCGCCAUAAGCGGGAUAUUUGCUGCGGGCGCCACGGGCCUACUUCUCAACAACUUCCGCGAGUCGACAGUUAUGCUGAUCUCCAUGACCUUUUUCCUCAUCGGGGGUGUCAUCUUCGCGACGAUGCCUGUAGACCAGAUCUACUGGGCGCAGACGUUCGUGGGGAUCAUUGUCCUUCCAUGGGGAAUGGAUUCGUCGUUUCCUGCUGCCACGAUUAUCCUGAGUCGAGCUAUGCCGCGCCAGCAUCAGGGUCUGGCUGCGUCGCUGGUGACUACAUUUGUCAACUAUUCCAUCUCCAUUGGGCUUGGUUUUGCCGGUACUGUCGAGAGCCAGGUCAAUGGCCAAGGGAAUAAUGUCUUGCAGGGCUACCGAGGGGCGUUUUAUAUGGGUGUUGGGCUCGCCGGGUUAGGUGUAGUUGUUGCCCUGCUUUUCUGUUUGGUGGAACGGUUCCAUAUCAAGUACGGGCGACGAGAUAUUGAUGUGAAGCUAGGAGAAGAGAGAGAGAGCAAUUGUAUUGGUUGCUAA